UAGCGGCGACCAGCUGAGUCGCUACCAGCUGAGUGGUGACAACAGUUCUCCACACCACACACACCACACGCUCAUCAUGGACCUCUGGGCCCCAUACCUGGCCCUUGUGGCCUGUUUGCUGCUCUCCACCACCACCCCCACCCUGGCCCAGCAGUUUCAGGGUUGUGAAAGUGGUGCAUAUCCUCCAGAUAAACACUUUGAAGUGCCAGUUUACGAUGUGGAUCUGGACCUUUCUCCGCUCCAACGUUGGGCACCACUCAUGGCAGAUAAGGGUCCCCAGCUUGUGGCUUUGAUAGAUGACGUCAAGGAUCUUAUCAAAUCAGUUGUGGGCGAGACGAUAUUCAAGAUAAUCAUGAAUAAUCUCUCAAAGGUGGCCACCACUCUACCAUAUCCUUUCUACGAGGAGUUGGUAGGCAUCUCGACAUUCUCAGAAUUACCUUUGAGCACCAUCACAAUGUACAACAUUUUCUAUGAGGCAUUCACACUGUGUACCUCUAUUAUUGCUCAGGAUCCUAGUGGAUACUUGUAUCAUGGUAGAAACCUCGAUACUGGAGUGUUUUUGGGAUGGGAUAAAAAGAACCACACCUGGAAAGUUGCCGAGAAGCUGAAACCACUAACAGUUCAGUUGAACUGGAAGAAAAAUGGAACGACACUCUUCCGUUCUCUGAGCUUUGCUGGGUAUGUUGGUGUGUUGACAGCUGUUAAAGAGGACAAGUUUACAUUCUCCCUGGACAAACGAUUUGCUCUGAAUGGAGGAUUCAUGGGGCUGCUGGAGUGGAUUCUCUUUGAUGAUCAUGAGCAGAGCUGGGUGUCAUUCUUGACACGUGAAGUCCUUGAGGUGGCUAGUAGCUACAAGGAAGCACAGACGAAGCUAAUGAAGACGAGACUCAUGGCUCCCGUUUACUUCAUACUCGGUGGUGCACAACCAGGAGAGGGAUGCAUCAUCACACGUGAUAGAGAUAAUGCUGAUCUCGUAACUCUUGGAUCAGAGAAAACUGGAUCUGGAUCUUGGUUCCUUGUCCAGACAAAUUACGACCACUGGAAAAACCCUCCAUUUUUUGAUGAUCGCAGAACACCAGCAAUCCAAUGUAUGACAGAGAAUGGACAAAUCAAUGCAUCGCUGAGUCUCAUUUAUAAUGUCCUGUCAACAAAACCUGUUUUGAAUAAGGAGACUGUGUAUACUGCCUUAAUGGAGGUCAGAUCAGGUGAGCUCCAGGGAUGGACUCGUCAGUGCCCAGAUCCUUGUUGGCCUUGGUAAAAGGCUUGGAAAGUGGAAGAAAUGUUUCGGCAACUUAAGUAGCAUUCCAUGUUGCAUAAUGAUGUGCAGAGAUACUGGUAAGCUAGCUUCCUUCAGUAAGAUACACUCGUUACAAGUUGAUUUACAGUAUUGCACCUUGCAAAUUUUUGUUUAUGCCAUUUUGUACUGUAUUAAUGUUGUUUGAAUGUACAGUACAGUAAUUUUUUGUAUCAAUUUGGCAAUGCUGUUAUAUAGCCGUGUUGGGCAAACACUUUCAUUUGAUAAUUAUUUGCUUUGAUUAUACUCUGGUGAUUUACUUUUAGUAGAUGGGAGGGAAGCAGGGGGGUGCAGUUAACUCUUUCCAAGAAAAAUCAUCUUGAUUUUAAAGAUAUGUUGUGCAAUUGCCGAGGCAUCUUGCUAAUUGCACAAGUUUUGAUCUUUUUGAUAAUUUGGAUUUGCCUGAAACUCUGAGGUUACAUGGAUGCAUUGCAAAUUAUAUUUGUUUCUUUUGAAAAUUGUACUACAUUAGUGUGUGUAUAGGAUUCCCAACCAUUAAACCACUUGACUACCUAGAGGAUUUAUUAAAUAUCCUAGGUACAGGUAUGCACAGCGUGUGACACACAGGAAGUGUGUCAGUCUUGUUGAGGUCCCCCUCAAGUUCAGGGCAGUUUGCUCUUGAAUGAUAUCUAGGACUUUUCUGGCUGGUCUGUACCAUGAACUGUAUUUAAUAACUUUCCAGCCUUAGUGCCUUUUGAAUUAUAAAAGAUAGCUAUGAAUUUUUUAGUUAGUAAUCUCUAUUGGGGAGUCCAUUGAAUAAAUAGUAUGUGAAUUCUGCAGGAAUAGUGUUAUUAUUGUAAUCAAGUUACUAAUUUAUUGUCGUUUUUUAUAACCGAGGUCACAAGAAGCAUUGUCUUACGGUCUAACACAUCACAAUAAAUAUUACUGUGCCAGUAAUAUGGACCUUGAAGGGUUUGCAAAUGUAAAUGUGCUGUAAAUUUCAUUGAAGUUAUUUAGUUUAAUUCCUAAAGUUCUAUUGCUAUUCAAGUAUGUAUUGUGUAAAUGGUUGUGAAAUAUAAUUAUAGUUAAAGGUUCGUGAAGAAGUAUGUUAUAAUCUCAAGAACAUAUAGUCUUGCAUAAAGUGAGAUUAGGGCCUACAUUUUGCACUAUGCUGUAUGUUUAUUUACUAUAUUUUAUUAAACAUUACCAUUUGAGCUGUGAUAACUUAGUCAAAGUAGUUUAAGUAUAUUCUGCAAAAAAAUUUGAUUUUGUAUUUAAAAUGUAUAAAUAAACAUUUAAUUAUGUA